AUGACCAAGAAGCAACGUACCAUCACCUGUAAUAUUUCAUCACAGUUUCGGUUGCUGAAGGUCAUUGGAGAGGGUGCCUACGGCACUGUUUGCUCGGGAAUCCAUGUCGCGUCGGGCAGAAAGGUUGCAAUCAAGAAAAUCAACGCUUUCACUAACCCAUUGAUGUGUUUGCGGACCCUCCGGGAGGUGAUGCUCUUGAAGAAGUUCUGUGGGCAUGAGAACAUAGUGAGUUUGUACCAUGUCGAGGUUCCGCCCAGUAUCGACCAGUUCAACGAGGUGUACUUGGUACAAGAGUUUAUGCCCACAGACUUACACAGAGUGAUUUCUGGCCGUGUUUUGACCGACGACCACAUCCAGUACUUCACGUACCAGAUCUUGCGAGGACUUAAGGCCAUGCAUCUGGCCGGUGUGAUCCACCGGGAUUUGAAGCCGUCUAAUGUGUUGAUAGACGAUAACUGCGAUCUCAAGAUCUGUGAUUUGGGAUUGAGCAGACUACACCGACAGGACGGUGGAGACGGCUCCAUUUCCAGUAUGACCGAGUACGUGGCCACCCGGUGGUACCGUGCCCCUGAAAUCAUGCUUUCUCCCUCCCAUUACUCCAAAGCAGUCGACCUUUGGUCUGUCGGAUGUAUUUUGGGGGAGAUGCUCAUCGGAAAAGCCUUGUUUCCUGGUAAAGAUUACCGAGACCAGCUCCUCCAGAUCCUUAGAUUAUUGGGGAACCCCCUGAAACACUCAGAAGAUAUGAAACUUUUAACUUCCAAAAGAGCCAAACAGUAUCUCGAGUCUCUCCCCAAUUACGAGCGGUUGGACUUCAACUCGGUGUUUCAACAUCACCCACUCAGAAGUUUUCUGGGGGGAUCUUCUAUAAAUCCCUGGGCAAUUGACUUGCUUGAAAGGCUUUUGAUUUUCGAUCCGGCAAAACGGCUCACGGUGGAAGAAGCUAUUUGUCAUCCAUAUGUGGCAAUGUACCACGAUUAUGAAGAUGAGCCAGUGUGUAGUCCUAUUCUGGCGAUGGAGUUUGAUUUCGACAUGGAGAGGAGGCUGAGGUUGGACUUGCACGAAUUGAAGGUGCGGUUGUACGAUGUGAUUCGUGUGUGUUGA